AACACUCUGAUCGCGCAUUCACUCCGCAAGAAAACCGCGCUCUGUAGAGACCGCGUGACUUUCUCUAGGGGAUACGGGCAUACCAAAUUUAAAAUGUCCCACAUAAACUUAAUUCCCGGUGACCAAGGAGUGAGACAUAGCACGAUGAACCCAAAAUAUCUGCAUACGAAUUCAACAAGUCAUACAUGGCCGUUUAGCGCUAUAGCUGAACUGAUCGAUAAUGCUUAUGAUCCGGACGUAAAUGCGAGUCAAUUGUGGAUAGAUGUUUGCCAAUACGAGCACGAAUUCUGUUUGACAUUCACCGACAAUGGCAAUGGAAUGGAUUCGUUGAAACUGCACAAAAUGUUAAGUUUUGGAUAUUGUGAGAAGGUUGCUGUUAAUGACCAUUUACCGGUCGGACACUACGGGAACGGCUUCAAGUCCGGCUCCAUGCGACUCGGGAAAGACGCACUCGUCUUCACUCGUGACGGAAACACAAAAAGUGUUGGCUUUCUUUCCCAAACAUACCUGGAUAAAAUACAUGCCACAACCAUCUUGGUACCAAUUGUCACUUGGGAUGCUAAUGGAAAAAUGCAUGAACGUGCGGAUGGUGACAAAGCUUUGAAAGAUAUCUUCACAUAUUCCUUAUUCAAGGAUGAAAAAGCUUUGUUUGCCGAGUUUGAUGAAAUUCCUUCUUCUUCUACUGGAACCCGUAUCAUAAUUUACAAUAUUCGGAAAAAUAUGGAUGGAAAACCAGAGUUUGAUUUCAAGACAGAUUUUACAGACAUACGUAUUCCAGAUGAUGUUGAUGCUGAACUGACCAAGUAUAAGCGUCAAGAACGUCAAAACCAUAUUCCUGAGUCUGACUUCUCACUUAGGGCAUACUGUUCUAUCUUGUAUCUUCGACCAAGAAUGCAGAUCAUCCUGAGGAAAAAGAAAGUCAGGACCACAGUCAUUGCAAAGAGUCUCAGUAAGACUGAAGUGGAUCUGUACCGACCACAGCAUGUUACCAAGCCAAUCAAAAUCACCUUUGGCUUCAGUCAGAACAGAAACCACUAUGGAAUUAUGAUGUACCACCACAACCGGCUAAUUAAGCCCUAUGUCCGUGUGGGUUACCAACUGAGGGCCAAUAACCAAGGUGUAGGCGUUAUUGGUGUUAUUCAGUGUGACUGGCUGCAGCCAACACACAACAAGCAAGACUUUGACUAUACACCAGCUUACAGGUCAGCCAUGAGUGCUCUAGGAAACAAGUUGAAUGAUUACUGGAAUGAGAAGAAAGGGCGACAAACAAAUUCAACUAACAUAGUAUUGCCUGAGCCAAAGGAAGUUGAAGCCUCCCCUGACCAACUGUGGGUUCAGUGCGACAACCCCAAGUGCCUCAAGUGGCGCAAGCUGCCUAAUCACAUAAGUGCAGACAGUCUACCUGAUAAAUGGUACUGCAGGAACCACCCUCUACCAGAAUGGAAUUCGUGCGACAUCCCUGAAGUGCUUGAAGACGAACAGGAAGAGAUUGUGAAGCCGUAUGUCAAGAAACAGAAGAAGAGGCUUGAAAAAGAGGGGGAGGAAAGAAAAAGAAAAGAGAGGGAAGCCAAGGCAGAAAAAGAAAGAGAGCUUGAGAUGGAGAGACAAAGAAUUAAAAAGAAAGAACAAGACUUAAACAGACUAAUAAAAAUAGUUGAAGAGAAAAGCAAUCAACAGAAAAAGCAACUUUCACAGGUCAAAACUGAAGUUCAGAGCCCACAAAAGCUACAAUUGAAGCUUGCUCCAGCCCCAAUCUCAAUAACCUCUUCCAACACACCUGCAAAAAAGUACAUUGUCCAGCAAGCCAGCAACAAGGAGAUCAUCGUCACUCCAGUCUCGACCAACACUUCCCCCGCAAACACGCCCAUGAAAAUAGCCCCUGCGGUUACAAAUCUUGUAACAUUGUCGACAGCUCUUAGAGUAUUACCCAGCACAUCUGCUACAACUGGGUCUCCUAGCUUUGUCACAAGACAAGGUGUUCCAGUGCGGAUUGUUACCAGUAGUGGGAGCCAGGUGGCAACCAGUUCUGGAGUUGUGAGAGCUGUUACCCCAUCAGGAAAGGUCAUCAAUAUUGUCCAAAGUGGUGUCACACCAGUGUCACACUCUUUGGCUGCAAAACAGGGAAUGCAAGUUGCCCAGAUUGUUCAAUCAGGUCCCAAAACUGCAAUUGCACCACAGUCCCAUGUUGUGACCAAAGUCCAGCUGCUGCCUGGCCAGGUCUCCAAUCUACAAUCAGCAGCUAUGAUGCCCAAGAUAGUUGCGGUGUCUGGCAGCCAGCCGCAGACCACGACAACAAAAGUCAUGCUUACCUCUCCACAACCUAAUACACAGGUGCCUGCAGGAAGUAUGAUAAAUGGGGCUGUUGGAAGGACAUUGCAGAUGACAGGGUCCACCCCCCCAGUCACGCCCACCACACUCAUGUCAGGGACACCAGUCUCGUACAAGCCGCUGGAGUCUCUCCGAGAGGUCAACAAACAUGUUACAGAAAACUCAACUUCUCCUGUAUCUGCUGUUGUUGAACCCCCAAGUCAGCCUCUGAAACGUGAAGCAGUGACAGUGAACGACAGAUAUUGUUACAUAGCUCCAUCAGGUGCAUCACCACCUGAUGGUGCAGCGACCCUACCCGCUACCCCAUCCACCCCGUUAUCGCCCAAUACAGCCACGCCUUUAACCUCUCCCGGACCUCAAACUACGCCAUCACAGUUUGUCAAGAUCUCACCAAAGUCAGUUGCAGCGACUUCUGCAACUGGGGCACAGACUCAUGUUACUCAGGCGACGACCAAGCCCAUAGGAGUCCAUGAUGUCGUCCAGUCCCUGGCGAACGCUCAGGUCAUUGCUUCCUCGCCUAACGUCACCGUCUUGGUGAAAGACGAGCCUGCAGACGCGACCAGGGAUGGAGUAAAGCGACCGCUGACCGACACUUCAACGCCGACCCAACCGCCUGAGAAAAAAGUCAGGCCAAACCAAGACAACGACGUCAUUGUGAUCGAUCCACCCUCGCCUCCCAAGCCCAGAACCAUCCCAAGCGAGCUGGCGAACGGGCUAGAUAAGGCCAUAGUGAAAGAAAUAAGCGACAUGAACGAUGAAGAUCUGUUGAAAGCGGUUUGCACGCGGAGUAAAGCGCUGUUCAGACUUCGAAGGAAUGCGUAUACACUUUUGCAAUAUUUAUGCAAUGAUUUGGACAGCUUUAGCAAGGAAAUGAUUGAACAUACCACGACCAUUGAUGAACUGAUCGAGAAAAUUCUCGAACAGCAGCAGAACGAGGAAAAUGGGGAAUCUUGACGAUGACAUUUUGCGGAAAAUUUUGUGGAAAACAAAGAGAAAAUGAGAUACACUAACUUCAAUACGUAUAUUUUGUGCGAGAGAAGAGACGACUAGAGUAAAAAAUAUAAAGAAGGAAUAAGAAUUGGGUGUACCUUAUUUGAUUCUGAAAAACAGCAAAAUUCGUUGAUGUUGGUUGGGACGAGUUCUCCAACAAAAACUGUCUCCUGUGACGUCACUUUUAACAUCACACAACAGGAAACCCGGUCAGAACGUCUCGGAUGCCAGUAAAGUCUUUUUUUAAUA